UGUAUACUAGAAGAUUUUUACUACAACAUUACACUGGAGUUUAUUUACCAGGGUUUGUUCACAAAGAUGGUUUACAAAGCUCUUUACUUAAAGUUUAUACAUUUUCUUUCAUAACCUUUUUAAUUGGUUUUAAUUGACUGCUACAUGGGAAGCUUAGUAAUUUCUAUCGUGUUGGAAAAAUAUUAUUUGUACUUAUCAUACGAAUUAUCAAUGGGUUUAUGUGUAAAUGGCUCAUGCAAUUCUAAAAGGUUUUCUAGCUGAAUAUGAAUGUCAAGUGUGGGCUUUAAGGUAAUAUACUAGAUAUUAUUCCUUACAUUAUAUCUAUUCUUAACUCAUAUAUUUUUAAAUAAAGACUUGUGCAUGCAAUAUUUUAGCAUAGUAACAUUUCUCUAAUUCGUUUUAGUCUAUGUUGCCCCACUCAUUAAGUAAUUAUGUUUCUCACCGCUUCUUUGUCUCUCCCUAGGUUGAAUAUUGUGUUAGGUGAGACGUGAUGCUCGGCAGUUGCAUUAGCUCCUAACUUGUUCUUAGGUUUGGUUGAUAUUAAAUUAGUUUUUUUAUUUUUUUUGGCAUAUUGUGAAUGUUAUCUUUAUUAUAUAGACUAUAUCCACUAAAAUGCCAAAUUAUAUGGUGUGCACUCCUUUGAUUCUUGGGUUUAGAGUAUGUACAUUUACUAUAUUUUCUAUUUUGUUCAGUUAUAUGUGGUUGGUUGUCCUUGUUCCUAUGUGAUGAUACCAGGUGUGUAAGGCAUGCAGCAUCUCAAGACUAGGUGUGGACCACCUUUUCUUAGGGUAACGUGUUUGACUGAGGGUCGGGGUGUGACAGGAACCCUUCCCUCCGUUGCCCUGGCCUUGCUAGAAGCAACCUACACUGUGUCGAAGAAUUGUUCUUACGUUAUAUGGACUCCUCUGAAUCUAAAGAAAAAUUCUCUAGAGCUCAAAGAGAGCAUGUUAAGGAGGUUCUCAAUAAUAUUAAGAUGCAAAAUGAGUCUUCUCAACAUACAGCAGAAAUAUUAGCACUUCAAGAAAAUCUCAAAAGAAAACAGGACGAGUUAUUUGCCGCCAAGGAACAAUUAAGUAAAUUUAAAUCUGAUGGCAAGUAUGUUAUGACCUCCAUCCAUGAAGGAUCAGCACGUGAGCACAUGUUGCAACAAACUCUUGAUCAACUUCAAGCUAGAAAGAAAAUCUUGCUUGAGAAUUUGAAGACUUCUGUUGAAGGAUCCACCUCCCAACAGAAUGAGAACUUAAAUAUGUUCUUGUCCAAGAAUCAAGCAGAUGGUUCUCAAGGAAGUUCUUCAAACAGCCAGGAAGAAAUGCUGAAAGGUCAGGCAACAACACCAGCACAAACAGAAAAUGACAUUUCAGCCAACAAUCCUGAUAACAAUGAGCAUUUCAGUUCUUGAAUGGAUUGAUGCAUCAACAGAAAUACAUUGGACUUGGAGAGAAUUCAGGAUGUUUUAGAGAUGAUGAGUUGAUUAGCCUGUGAAAAGCUGCUGCUGUUAUUCUGAAUUAAUGGUCUGAGGAUUUAGACUGUGAAUCCAAGUGGAAGGGUUGCAUAGUAUUUCAUGGCUUUCUUAUGAAACAAAAUUCCAAAAAACUCUAUAAACUUUUACAUUCAGUACUGAAGUAGUACUAUAUAUGUAAGACUAUCUUAUU